AUGUCAGAAUUUAAUGUUCCCAGUUUGCAUUUUCCGGGUCAAGUUCAUAAAUGGCGUUUGUCGCAGCUAUUGCAAAAAGGCACUUUGAGGGCUCAUGAUUCAUUCUUAAGCGAUUUAGCUUUGGCUGCUCGUUUUCUAGUGGUUACAGCUCGUGGUCGUAUAUUUUCUCACUUCUUUUCGGUUUAUCAUGCAAUACACGCUUUACUCCAUGGACUGGUCAGAGUGGUCGAUAUGUUUAUUGGUGUACCUGCUCUGUUGGCCCAUAACUUGGACUAUAAGAUUAAAGAGGAAAGAUGUCGUUUUCUUAUAGCGGAACUAGUGUGCAGGCCCGAAUUUGAAGACUGUUUAGAUGGUCUAUGCUCAUAUGUGCGUAAAAUGUUACGUCGUGCCACCAUGGAAAAAUUCGACUUUAAUAGUUGUGAUGUUUCGCAGCCAGUGCCAUAUCUCUUCUUAACGCCCAAGGGACAAGAAAUCGAUUUGCGACUUUUCUGUCGUGAUGUUAUGCGUAAAGCUUUACCCAUAUUGAUCGGAAUACUAGAGCGAGAAACUCGUGGUUGGUUUCUACACUUCCGUGAACGUUUAAUAGCGGAAUUGAGAGCUAAAAAGUUGACAGAUAAAGAAAUCGAAGAAGAAGUUAAUGAGGCUGUAAUGAAAGAGUAUUUACAACGUGUUUACACUUCAAUAUUAUCCAAUCCCAAAUUGGCCGAACUAGGCGAUGGUAUACCUGAGUUAUUAGUGCAGCAGGCCCAGUCGGUGGUGAUCAUGUAUAAGGCAGUGGAUAAAGUACAAAAGGAUAUUAAACGUUCACGGGAAGAUCAUCAGAAAUGUUUGUCAAAUGAUCAUUCGGUAUUGUCGAGAGUAGCACCCUGGUUGCGUUCGAAAUUAAGACAUGCCGAAGAAAGUAAAUUAUCGAAGUCAGCCUGGUCGGCACAUGAGGAAGCUUUAAAAAUGUGCUCCAAACAUAAUCUACAUCAAACUGCCUACUUUUUGGGACGAGAUUUGGCCUUCAUGAAGGAGCGUGAACCGGUAUUGCUGAAAGAGUUGAAGAAUGCCAAAACGCCCACACGUAGUUUUCAAUGGGCCUGUCGCAUUUGGUCACCCAAGUCCUGGAUUAUACGUAGAAAUUUCCAAGGCCAGUCGGAUGUUAUACCCACGGUCAUAAGUCAACAGGCCACUUCAAUAGUAACGCCCAGAUCAGAUCCUAGUCAACCGGUGUUCUUAGUGGAAAAAGAAAUUGUGCGCACCACCAGCACAAGGUGGCCCUUCUGGCGUUUAUUGAAUUUAAUGCAGCGUACUUGGUGUUGGACCUGGAAUAUGAUGUUUCUGUUGGGCAUUUUGGUGCCCUGGUGUAGUCCCGUAAGUUUGCGGGCCCUGUUCUGUGUUAAGCCUUUCAUGCCAGACCUAGAGUUGUCACAAAUAAAUGGCACCCUUUUUCCGCGCAAGACAAGCAUAACGCAGACUAUGGCCUCGCGCCUAAUAGAGCUUUGGCGACACAUAUCAAAAUCAAGAACGCAUUUUGAAACAGAACCGGAUACGGGUUUCAUAGGCAAGGGAUUUACGCGUAAUUUAAAUCGUGUUUGGAACUAUUUUGUCAAAGGUUUCCUGGGCACUGUGGUUAUACUGUUUGCCUUUCCCUUACUCUGUUUGGCUUGUAGUUUGCUUAGCAUUUUAUUGGCCUUAACAGCCCCUUUGUGGAUUCCCGUAUUUACGAUUUUAUUGCAUGUUUAUAUGAUAUUAAUUUAUGAUCUGGAUUCGCCGGAUAAUGCACGCAAUCGCUAUUGUAUUUUAUUGGAGGCAUUAAUAUGGAAUAUUUUCCUACAAGGCUGUAUACAACCCAUAGCAGCAUUAUUAGUGGCCAGUAUAUUGUGUCCUUUGGUUUCCGGUUUAAUAUUAAUAGUUGGUGUGGUUCGUUACUCUCUUCGUCUGCUGUGGGAUUCCCUUACAUUUCAUUUGUUCAUUAAGAAAUGUGGACGUAUUCCGGCUUCCGAUAGUUUGGCUGUUAAACGUAUAGCUGGUCCCGGUUUGGCUCUCGACUAUUACUUUAUCAUUAGGCCUGAGCAAGCUUUGGCUGCUUUUGAAGCCAAAAUGGAAUUGGAUGAGUUGCAAGCAUAUCAACAUGCCAUGGAACGUAUAAUAAUGCAGCCACAAAAAGAUUUUUCUCAAUUUGUAGAGGCUUGUUUUGGUCCCUUCUCAGCUCAGCUGUCGAAAAGUGGUCCCUAUUUGUCAUUGGAUCGUGAGGCUCAAGACUUGAUGACUACUUUGCAUGAGAAAUUGGAGAAACGUAGACGUGAAUUGCAAACCGCCUUGACAACACAAGUUAAAACCAGAAUAAAACUCAAUACCAAGGAAUUAAAAAUUGCCAUACAACUUGCCGCCCAUAUACUGGAGAAAUACUAUCCGUCACAUAUAAUAGCUAGAUUAUCCAUAAGUGAAGAAGAAUUUUGGGAUAAUAAGGGCUUAACGGUCAAUGAUUGGCCAGGUUUAGCUGGUCUCAUUUAUACUGAAAUAUUUAGUUUAGAUUUUCUCACGCCUCUUAUGGAAAACGAUACACAUUUUAAGCUGGAACCACAUCCCACUUUGGAUUUGACUCGUUACACGGAAAUGGUACAAAAUGCCACAGAUGUUAUAGGUUCCAAAGGUUUAGAUCUCUUGGGUAAUGUUUACGCUCCGCGUGGUAAUGUACAAGUACAUUUACCAUUCCUGGAAGUGACCGCCUUUAAUCCUAGAUCUAGAAUAACAUUAACUUUUAGAAAACCGGAAAAACGGUGA